AUGGCAACCAGAUUAAAAUAUUUGUGUUCGAAAUGUAUUCAAUCCAAACUAUAUUAUUCAAGUUUAUUAAAAAAUUUCCGUAUGUAAUUAAAGUUAUUUAUAUUUAAAUGUGCCUAAUUUUUAUAUAGCCUUGUCCUUGUAUUUUGAAGGUAUAACCCAUGGUCAAUACACUAAGGACACUGUUCACCAACGUAAUUUCCAUACUUCACUUAACUAUUGGAACGUAGAUGACUCAGGAACCGGACACAAGGGCGACCAUACGGGUAUACUUUGUCCAAAAUGCAAAACUGCUGGUUCAAAUUUAGAGUUCUUUUUAAGUAAUAAUGUUGAAAUGUUUACUUUACACAUAAGUAUAAUUAUAAGAGAAUUAUAUUGUUGUAUUAUAGCUUCAAAUCGGUUUUUGAGAUGUCAACGAUGUUAUCAUAUAUUCAAAGUGAUUUCGACUGAAGAAAAUAAUUUAAAAGAUGUUACAGAAGAACAAAAUAAAUAUAAACCACCACCGAUUCCAAAAGAAGUUAGUAAUUAUUUUAAUAAUCAUACUUUUUAAAUCAAUGUUAUCAAUGAGAGUAAUGUAUAUUUGUUAGUUGCAAUAUUUUAUCAUAAUUGCACUUUUAUUAUUAUGAAUAAUACUAAUAAGUAAUUUAUAUAGUUUUGAAUUCAAAGUUCAACUAUGUAAUAGUACUGUAGGUAACACAUAAUAAAUUAAACAACAAUUUAUUAUUUUAUUAUUGAUAAUUUAAAUUAGAUAAGAAUUUGCAAAACUUAUUUUUAAUUAAAAUAGUGUACUUAAUACUAGUAAAUAAAUAAUUAAUUUGAAUCCAAACAAUGAAUUAACAAUUGAAUAUUAUAAAAAUGUGUUUGAUAUAGAUUUUUGUUAACCUGAACAAGUAUGUGAUUGGUCAAGAAAUAGCCAAGAAAGUGUUGGCUGUAGCAGUUUAUAAUCAUUGUAAACGUAUUCUUCAUAACGUUACAGGGCCGCAAAAAAAUGAUAUGAUUGAUCAACGGUUACUUGAUAACUUGCAAAAUGCAAGAGGUAAAUAAUUUUAGUACUUUUAUAAGAUAUAUAUUAUAUUCAUACAUAUAUCUAUAUUAUUUAUAUAAUAUACACAUACCUAUACUGCCUUCAUAAACAAAAAAUGUCUAUAAGUCACUACUAGAGGUCAUUAUUGAGCUCCAACCCAUUAUCUUAAUAAAUAAAUAUAUAUUGAUUUAAUAAUUGUGAGAUGUUUUAUUUCAGACAGUUUUUCUAUCAAUCAUACUUUUGGAAUGCCACAAAUGGAUAAUUCAAAAAAUAGUCAAAAAGACGAAAAUAAAGUGAUUAACAUGUUUGAAGAUACAUUAUUAGAAAAGAGUAAUAUUAUAUUGCUGGGACCUACUGGAUGUGGUAUGAAUUUAAAAAAGAAAAUAAUAAUACAAUUUUAUUCUCAUAUUAAAUUAUAUUGUUUGUUUUAUUUAAGGAAAAACAUUGUUAGCACAAACUAUUGCUAAGCAAUUAGAUGUACCAUUUGCAAUUUGUGAUUGUACUAAUUUGACACAAGCUGGUUAUGUUGGAGAAGAUAUAGAAAGUGUAAUUGGAAAAUUGCUACAAGCUGCUAAUUAUGAUGUCGAAAAAGCCCAAACUGGUAAAAUACGAUAAUUUAAUAAUUUAUUAGCAUAACUGCUCAUUGAAAAUAUGUUAUUCGUCAGAGGAUCAUUGUUUUUAAAUUAAAAAUAAUAAUCAAUUUCCUUUUAUUUUUAACCCUGUUUACUAACUCUAAAAUUCAAGAUUGAAAUUGUUUAAAAGAUAUGUUUUUCUAAAUUCUAAAUAAUGUAUAGAAACUAAAAUUUUUACCCAUAAUUUUUCUCAAUAAAUUUAAUUUAUUUUAUAUUUGAAUAUGAUUUUUGUAAAAAAGAGUCCUAUUAAUUAAUCGUUUUUAAUAUUUUAGUCUUAUCAGACCCAGCUUAAAAGCAAGCUGUUUCUAAAAUAAUAUAAAAUUCAUCUUUUUCUCCUUUACCUUCAUCUCAACAAUGUGUAGUUGAUUACCUUCAUUUUAAAUCUUCCACCUUUCUCUUCCCCAAUAUCUCCUACAUUUAUUUUUAUUAUCGUUCUUACUGCUUCUGAUUCCUAUUUUUCUAUGAUAUGCCUAAACCAUCUUGGGCUAUUUUAUGUCAUUUUAUUUACAAUCAAACUCACGCCGAAAAUACUUCUUUUAUACUCAUUCUUAAUCCUAUAUUUUUUGUCGCACUUCACUCAUUUACCUAAGCAUUCUCAUCUCUUCUACCCUUAUGUUCUGUUAUAUUCUUUUGUCUACUGCAUGACAUUCAAAACCAUACAAUACAACAUAGUUGUCUUGCUAGUUACCGCUUAUUGUCUAAAGGUUUCUUAUCCUGUUCCUCCAAAUUCAUACUCUGUUUUACUUCUACUUAUCUUUAGAUUAUCCUUCAAAUACUACUCUCAAAUACUUCCAAAUUUUUUCUCAUCAAAACUAUAUUACCUGUAAAUAUCGGGCACUAUGGCACCUUGCUUUAUAUUUCCUAUGUAACUUCAUCUAUUACAAUAAAGAACAGGUAAAAACUUAAGGCUGACCUCUGAUGUACACAUAUUCCAACCAAAAAUUGUUCCAUUAUCCCACACUUACACUUCUUACACUAAUAUUUGAACCUUCAUAUAUUUGAUAAAGGAUAUAUCAAAUUAAUAAAUUAUUUAGGAAUUCCUUUUCUCAUUAAUGUCCAUAUCAGAACCUUCCUCAGCACUCUGUCAUAAGCUUUCUCUACAUAUUAUGUAUUAUAAAACUAAUAGUAAUAAUUCUAUUAUAAUAAUAUGUUUAAAACGGUUAAUAAUUUGUUUUAAAAAUUAUAUUUUAGGUAUUGUUUUCUUGGAUGAAAUUGAUAAAAUUGGAGCCGUACCAGGAAUUCAUCAACUGAGGGACGUUGGUGGGGAAGGAGUUCAACAAGGAAUGUUAAAAGUAAUUUUUUUAAAAUAUUUUACAAAACCAAUAAUAUAGUCAUAUUAAAUUUAAAAUUGUAGCGUUUGGUUUUAAAUUUACAGUGUUUUUUAAUAUUAUUUUAAUAAUUAUUAAAUAUUAAUGUCAACUUCUCAGAAGAAUGAUAGCGAUUUUAAUUUAGGAUUUUGGUUCAAAGAAAAACCCUUAUAUCUCACUUUUUAGGUAAUUGAUGUCUGCUAGUAUUUGGGUUACCAAUUUUCAUGUCAUUACAUUUCAUGUUAACAAUUUUUAAGAAUUUUUAAAUAGGUAAUCAUUUUUAAUUUUGAUAAAAUGUAUGCUAUAACUGUGUGACUCUUGUGAAUUAGGAAUAUAUUUGAAUAACAGAUUCAUGUAAAAACUAAUACAAUAUUAUUUAUUUACUAUUUUGUUUAUAAAUAUAUUAAAAUGUUAUAUCUAUGCCAUAGAUGUUGGAAGGUACUGUAGUUAAUGUACCAGAAAAGAAUAACAGAAAACUACGCAAUGAAACAGUACAAAUAGAUACAACCAAUAUACUAUUUGUUGCUUCUGGCGCAUUUACUGGUCUUGAUAGACUUAUAAGCCGCAGGACAAAUCAAAAUGUAAAUGCUAUAACUUCAAAAUGUAUGUUCUCAAGUUAACAUUUUAUUUUUAUUUUAUUUUUCAGAGUUUGGGAUUUGGAGCAGCAAUUGAUACUUCUAUGGGAAGUAGAAGAGCUGCUACUGAUGCAGAUCGCGCAGCUUCAGCAACUUCAUACACUGAUAUUGAAAAAGAAAAUAGUGAAAGAGAUGAAUUGUUAAAAAAAGUAGAGCCAAGAGAUUUAAUUCAAUUUGGAAUGAUACCUGUAAUUUACAGUUUAUUAUCAGAAAUGCUAAUUUACAAGAAAUAUAAUAUUAUAAAAUCUGUACUUACUCAUUUAGGAGUUUGUGGGAAGGUUUCCAGUUCUUGUGCCAUUUCAUUCCUUGAAUAGAAAUUUACUUGUACGAAUACUCACUGAACCUAAAAAUAGCACAAUAAAGCAAUUUAAAUUGCUAUUUGACUUGGACAAAGUUGAGUUGACAUUUACAGAUGAUGCACUUAAAGCUAUUGCCUCUCAAGCCUUGGAAAAAAAAACAGGAGCACGAGGAUUACGAGCAAUUGUGGUAAUUAUUACAAAAACUUUAUUAUAUUAAAAUAUUUAGUCAUUAAGAUAAUGACAAAAAUCAAUAUAAAAAUGAAUAAUCAGUAGUAACAUAAUUAAUAUGUUACUUAUGUAAAUGUAUACACAAUUAAUUAUUUAUUCCAUAAUAAUUUUUGCAGGAAUCAAUUUUGUUGGACCCUAUGUUUGAAAUUCCAGGAUCGGAUGUUGUUAGUGUACAUGUCACUGAAGAUGCAGUUAAUGGAAAAAUGAAUCCACAUUGUAUAAGAGGCAAACCAAUUGAUGAAGGAGACGCUAAUAUGGAUACAAGAGCUAAAGUUGAAUAA